ACGUCAAACAUAACAUAAAGACAGGCCCUGGAUGUUUUGCUUUUCAUUUUUCUGUGUGAUUUGAGUACAUUUUCUUUAGUUUUUAAAGGGCAAUUUCCCCGGGAAUCGCGAUCCCUAGCGGAGGUUUACAAUGGCACAUAGUUCCAAUAGCGAGGAGCAACGGUUCAAUGCUUUUUACAGCGAGGUAAAACAAAUCGAGAAACGCGACUCGGUUCUAACGUCCGCGCAGCAAAUCGAACGUCUGCUGCGUCCCGGUGCCACCUACUUUAAUCUGAACCCCUUCGAAGUGCUCCAGCUAGAGCCCGACACUCCUAUUGAGCAGAUCAAGAAAAAGUACCGCAGCCUAUCGAUUCUUGUUCAUCCGGAUAAAAAUCAAGACGACAAAGAUCGCGCCCAACAAGCGUUUGAAGUUAUCAAUAAGGCGUACAAAACGUUGGAGAAUGAAUUGACUCGCAAGCGGUGCCUUGAUGUGUACGAGGAAGCGAAAGAUCGCACCGAUAUGAUGAUUUCCGAAAAGCGGAAAAAACUCCGCCGGGAAGGUAAAUCCGACAUCAUACCGGAGGACGACCCCGGUAAGUACAAGCACGCGGUCUACGUUAUGGUGAUGAAAUUAUUCGCCGACAUGGAGCGCCGCCGUCAGCAGCUGGAUCUUCGCGAUCAGGAGGAACGCAAACGGAAACGAGAACAGGAAAUCGAAGAAGAAGAACAGCGAAACUAUCAGAAGGAGUGGCAGAAAAAUUUUGAGGAAUCUCGGCAAAAUCGGGUCAACAGUUGGCAGAACUUUAGAGCGAGUGCCUCAACGUCAUCGUCGUCGUCAUCACCGUCCGCUUCGGCAGGGACACUACUGAUGCCGGAGGCCACCAAACCUAAAAAGGCCAAAAAAGCCAAGUACACCUCGUUUAAUCCUCCCAAGAUUAAGCCGGAAACACGAUAAUUGUUUCGCUGGUAGGGGUUUUCGUUUUUUUUCAGUUUCAAGAAGGCUUUUUUCUAUUAGUCGAAAAAUGGAGCUGAAUACAGCUGACAGACAUUUUUUUAGUUUCUUUUGUCUACUUUACCCACACCAUACGAAUGUUUGAGAUUUGUAUUUUACAUCUGUCACAAGGCGUUUGCCAACGGCAAACAAGAAAAUAUUAUUGCAUUUUUUCAUUCGCACUAACGUAUGGUUACAUGUAAGUCAUAAGAAUUUGGAAAGCCUGAACUGAGCUAACGAUUGAUUGCACAGAAUAAUGAAUUUCAAACUGCAUCAAUCUUAGCGAGAAAUCAUGCGAAGUGCUAGUAAUAAACCGGACAACUUAACCGAUAAUGGAAUGAUUUUAAAUCCA